GCAACCACUGGACAUUAAUGGUGAGAUCAAACUCACAACCGCCUCCACUUGAUUCAAAGUUUCUACCCACUGAUGUAUUGAAGGAGCUAUUUCACAUAUUUCAAGAUGUGGAGUGUAUGUGUUGAUGCUGGUAGAACGCUUCCUUAAUGGACAGAGUUUGCAGUUCAGUAUGAAGAAAGACGAACUGGUAGGUGUGCGAAAAACCAUUGCUGCCCAUCUGCUCCAUAAUGCAGUGAUGAUAGAACCAACUGUUGAAGAUGGCAUACCAGCUGUUGAGGAAGCUGCUCAGUCCCAAAGCCAACCUAUAGAAGAAGCUGCCAUAUCAGCUGUUGAAGAAGCUGUUGAUUCAAAAAGCCAACCUCCUGUUGACAAAGCCACCAUACCUGCUGAUCAGCUCGCAAGCCAACCUCCUGUAGAGAAAGCUUGCAAGAGAAAAAGGAAGGACAAGGGGAAAUCUUCCAUUUUUCUACUCGAAGCAGAAGAAGUCAAGCAGAAUUUAUUGAGUCUGUAGAAAAAGGAACGAUGGCAGGCUAUAUUGGCACUGUGAUUCAUGCAAUGAGUGGUACCAUCCUGUUUGCAUGGGUUUUGAUGAAAAGGAAGAACCACAUGUAUACAUUUGCCCUUCAUGUCAGGUAAAAGAUAUAAAGCCAGUUCACAGAUGUUACACUGUAGGUUAGAGGCUUACAUACAGCAAAUUGAAAUCAAGUAUCCUGAGUUUUACUUUUUCUUGACCUGUUAAGAAAGUGAAUGUCAGUGAUAGAACCAGUACAAAUGUUGUAAAUGUGGAUAACACAAGUGAUAUAUAGUGCUUCAUUUUGCUGUUUUCACAUACAAAUUGAUUUGAUAGU